UCUCGCGACUAAAACAACGACUGGACAUGACAGCAGCACGGUGACAACAUAAAAAAAGAACCUGUGCUGACACUUAAAUAUAGCAAAUCAGACCCCCAAAAAUGGGUUUUAUUUCACAUUUGCUUUGUAUGCACGGUGACAGCCUCGCGCGAGGUCUGCCUUCUGCUGUUCUGCCCUGAGCGGCUUCAUGCUAAAGCUAACUAGCGAUACAUACAUUCAGAUCGUUUCUAAAGCACGGGGUGUAUUUUCAGCACUCUGAUAUUAUAGAUUGUGUUACUUUUUUUGCUGUCACGUUUCCCAGACGCGUAAGUAUGGCUGGAGCGGAAGACGCGGCUGAAGGGAGCGGUUUUGCGGGGCAGCUGCGCUCUCGUGUCGGCCUCCGGAGCGGCUCGUGCUCCGGCGAGAGUCAAGAGCAGCUCCGCGCCGUGAAAGCGAUGCUGCUGGAGCGGCUGGGACCGCACGAGCGCCUGCUCGCCUAUCUGCAGUCUGUUUUAUUGUGGGAGAGACCCUUUCACAGCGCCCUGCUGUACACGGCCGCCAAUGUCCUGUUCUGGUUUUUUGCUCUGAGCUCCUUGAGGUUGCUCUUUCUGCUGGCAUCAGGUCUGGCUCUGGCUGUUUGUGUCGACACUUGGAGGAAUAAGAUCUGGCCGAAGAUCAAAGUUAAAAGGCAAGAUGAGAGCGAGAAUGAAAGCUGGGGUCUGGUGCAGCCUGGGACUUUGAGCGUGCCUGAAUUGUGCCACCACCUGGCUGAAGUUUGGGUUAUGGGCUCUUCCUGUGCAACAGAUAUUGUGCAGUUCAAACGGAAAAAUCCAGGCAAGUUUUGUAUGCUGGUUUGUGGGCUGUUCACGUCAGUGGCCAUGGUGGGGCGCUACAUCCCUGGACUGGUGCUGUCAUACAUGGCUUUGCUGGGUGUGUUGCUGUGCCCAUUGGCUCUGUAUUAUCGGCUGUGGCAGCGUGCAUGUGUGAAGCUGGAGCCAGCCCUGCAGUGGCUGGACUUCAGCGCCAAAGGAUAUAUGAUGUCAAAGCCUAUAGACAACCAGUUUCUUCGUAAGCCCUUCAGAAGCGGGACCUCAGAUGACGCAAGUGACAGCGAAGAAGAACUGGCUGCAUUCUGCCCGACGUUUGAUGAAGCAGCUGUUGCUAAAGAACUGGCACUGACUGACUCCGAGCACUCAGAUGCUGAGGUUUCAUACAUGGAUAACGGCACCUUUAACCUCUCCAGGGGUCACACACCCCUCACAGAUGGCUCUGAGGAUCUAGACAGACACAGUGAUCCAGAAGAAUCAUUUGCCUGUGGGCUUCCAGACUUCCCCUCCAUCAACCCAGAUGCCACCCUGAUGGAGGACGAUGAUGAUGCCAGCAUCGGGCUGCCCAGUCUCAACUCAGCCGCGCUCUCUGGCCCUCGCGGCUCUACCUCCGCCCUACUGGACCUGGACACCCAGAUGGACUCAGAUCAGGAAGACUUCGACCCCGAGAUCUCCUUCGGCUCCCUAAAUACUACCUCUGACCUAACUAGUAACCUGGCAGGGGUCAUCGCCAGCAACAUGAUCCAGGCAGCCAUCGCAGGAGCCAUGCAGCCCCGCCCACCGCAGGGUCCUCGGAGAGAGAGCGGCCCACGGCCAGGAGCACCCCCGAGGGGAUACAGGAAGCAGUCGAGCUCGGAGUUAGACACAGAUCUGGACUUUGAUGGCGAGGACUUUGAGAUGUUGGAUCAGUCUGAGCUGAACCAGUUGGAUCCCUUGGGAGGGGGGCAGGGGGGCCAAAACAGAACCCAGGGAUCCAGUUUCCUGUCCAACUUGCUGGGGAAGCCACAGUGAGCCCAUCUCGCAGAUUCUCCCUCCGUCUGUCUGCUCCUCGUGUCCCUCGCACCUUGAUCCGAGUAGAAGUUUGCAGUGUUGGCUUGAAUGUCUACUGAGAUGCUUUCGAUUUAUCUGAGUGAGUGCGACGGAGAGAGAGAGAGUGUGUUUGUUUUGCACUAUUAAUGUCAUAUUAGAUUCACCUGCCAGGUUUCCCUUCACUGGCUGCUGUUGAUAUCACUGUGAAGUAAUCUUGUUUUUAGUCUGAAUCUUCUCUGUUUCUGCUCUGUGAGUUUCUGUGUCCUCUCUCAUUCGUGUGUGUUAAAAGGCUCCGAUUUACUUUGUAGGCUAAGCAAUAGGACAACAAUCAUAAAACAUUUAAAAAGAUCCAAAAUCUCUUUAACUUUUUUAGAAACCAGCAAAACCAAUACCAGAUAUUUUUACCACAUCCGAGUCUUCUAGAUCUUACACAUCAAUGGCUGGAUUGUUUGUGUCUUCAAUAAUAACACACAGGACCAAAUCAGACAUUCCAUCAUCAGUGCAAAGCCAAGACCCUUAAGGUGUACAGAAAUGAAAUGAAGACGCCUGUAAUAAAGCAAUCUACAGUCAGAGGAGUCGGAUGAAGUAGCAGUGACUCUUGUUUUUAAAGGGGUAGUUCACCCCAAAAUCUCAAUUCUGUCAUCAUUUACUCACGCUCAUGCCAUUUCUAAUCCUUUAUAUACAUUUUUUCUUCUGUAGAACAUACAAGAAGAUAUUUUGAAAAAAUGUCUCAGUGUUUUUUGUCCAUACAAUGGAAGUCAAUGGCAACUAAAACUGUUUGGUUACCAACAUUCCACAGAAGAAAAACAAGGGCUGAGUAAAUGAUGACAAUUUUCUUUUUUGAGAGGCCUAUCACUUUAAGAGUGAACUUUACUUAAGGUCACAGAGUGAUAAAGAUCAGUCGGGUUCUCAUUUUUCCUUAUGGGGUGAAUUCUGGUCAAUUGAGAUGCUUUCUGUCAUUGAAACGACUGGGGAAAAUGUCCCAAAUAGCUUGAAUUCACCUUGUUUGCACCUGUUUCCCCCCCAUUUGUUUAUACAGUAUCUUUAUGUGGUAACUGCACAUGAUUUUUAAUCAUGUCUAUCUGAUGGCGAUGAAAAUUUCUUAAAUCAGGAGUAAUAUAAUUGAAUACAUUAGUAACUAAAUUAGUAGUCGAGACAGUUUUGUUGAAGAUGUUUCUCUCUUAAUGAUAUUUACAUUUAAGUUCAUACUGGCUGGAUUUUUUUCUGCAUUUCUUGAAUAGCACAUGUUAAUGAAUGACAGUAGCUCUUUUAAAGACAAAAUGAAAAAAUAGGGAAAACUACAGUAUAUUGUGUUUCAGAUGGAUGUUCUUUGUCUGUUCGUUAGUCAAAUUAAAAAACAAUUAAAAUCAAACAAUACCAACUUGUUUAACAGCUCAGCAAUGCUGCUCAGCUGGAUAAUAUGGCAGUACAUUGAUCUAGUUUGUAAUGACUCUACCUCAAACAAGACAUUGGGCUGUAACUGCCACCUCUUUGUACACCGCCUCCUCUCUUCAUACACACCUUUAACCAUUCUGACUUUAUGCAGGAACUUUUAAACAGGUAGCAGCAGAAAAACAGUAGAUCUCUGCAUCCUCUCUUCUCAUCUGGUCUGGUCUGGUAUGAGAUUUAGGGCAAAGUCUUACAUUCAGUGCAAUACUAAAGCACAAAAGGAUUUGAGAAAACACCUUUCUUACUUCCUUUCUUGGAAGCUGGUGGAAUUAAAUGAGUGGAUUUUGCUGUUUCUUUAGUAGAUGCUGAGCAUUGUUUGUUUCACUGCACUUUUCCCAAGUGAACCGUUUCUGUUUCUGACCUAAUGCUAAUGAGGCCAUCAUUGCUGGCUUUAAGCUUUCAUUAUUGUGUAUGCUGGAGAGUAGGAAACGUACCGGAAAACUGCUGUAGCGAUAAAAAGGCAUUCAGUUACCAGAGACCAGUGAAGUGUUUUCUAUUUUCUAGGCAUACAUUGGUUUUCUCGUUUUAAUUGAAGGUAAUGGAGCGUUUAGGAAUUAUAAGGAAGCAUCUUAUCUUUCUCAUGUGUAUUCACAGUCUGUCACUUCCUGCUGUUCCAGUUUGUUUAUUACAUUUCAAAGUCACAAGUCUUACUUUACCCAGCCAACAUGAGUAAGGUUAGAAGAACAGUACUGUUUAUUGGAGUGUAUCAUAUUUGACCACUUUUCACAAAUUUUAUUCAAUCUUUCACUCUUUUUUUUUUCCUUAUUGUUUUCCUGUUUUGUUUUUGUUUGGUUGUGAGCCCUAAUUGCUGAUGAUUUUUUUUGGAUUGCUGUGUUAAAAAAGAUUUGAUUUAUUAUUAUUAUUAUUAUUUAGGUGUUGACAUUGAAGUGUAAUGCAUAGUAGGCUCAUAGAUCGGAAAGCCUUUUAAUUUUCCCCUUUUUACUGUUUCAUACUAUUAUUAAAAAUACUUAACUAAUUAUAUGGACACACUCUUUAAUGAUUCAUUUGGUUUGAUAGAUUAUCAAUAUUUCUUUUGAAAAAACAUGACAAAGAUCUCUGUUUGUAAGUGUGUCAGUGUGAUUACUUUUCAAUGCAAAAAUUCCCUGGCCAUUUUAGCCAUUCACCUUUUUGUGUUAAAUUUCAGCAAAAAUCACCAGCAAUUCAAAUCGGACAAUGAAGUGGUGGUUUACUGGAGGAAGAUUAUGCCCAGCGUCAUCUAUUGAUGUUGUAUUGAUGUUAGUGCUUUAAACAGAAAUCAGUUGGCAGGCCGCCAUGUUGAGGCCAAUGCAAAAUACAGAAUCACUCAUUUUUUCUUUCUUUCUCUGUGUGAGCAUUUUACAGGAGUCUUUCUAUAGCUGGAUACUGCAGUGAAUUUUAUUUCUGUACAGAACUAUUUCACUCUUCCAUUCUCUGUAAUUGUUUUUUUGAUAACUUUUGAUGUGUAAGACAAUAAAGAGAUGAAUGAAUGUA